AUGUCUGCCACUGGCUAUGCCUAUAGGCAUUCACUUCGAAAAGUGUCAUCCCGCCACGAUUAUGUCUGGAUUAGCGAUGAGCUUUUGUCGUCAACAUUUCGGCGUUUUGUGAACGGUCAGCGUCGUUACGAAACCCGAGUUCCUGGUCCAUUGGAAGCUAGAAAGCGACUCGCAAAGCGAAGAAAUACUGCAUUGGCUGCUUCUGGUACUUCAAUUGACUCCCCGUUGAAUGUUGCAAAUUUGUUUGGGGUCAAUGGCAGCGGACAUGUUCGUCAAUGGGAUGAUUCCGCGUGGUUCCCCAGAUGGCCGGAACCCCUGGAAUUAUUCUCCUAUUCCGACCGUCCUCCCGAACCUCAAAUACCAUCGUUUUUAGACCACUCGGGGAAACCGAACACCCCACAGGGUGCUGAAGCACCUACCUUCCAAUUAUCUCUAGAGCGGUGUAGUACUGUCCAGGAUGUUAAAGAGGCUCUAGAGUGGUUUCAGAUUGAUCUUCGAACGGAUCCGGAUUACAGCCCAUUGAUCUUCAACCACUUUUGUCAACUGGCCUUCUACAGGGACAGUGUUGCUGCUAUCUAUGACCUGAUAGAGUUCAUGAAUGACCAAACCCUGAAUGUGUCUGGGACAGGAAAUUAUUCCGCUUUGUUGGCUCAUCUCAGGGUUUCUGAUCUGCGUCCAACCUAUAAGGAAAUGCUCGUUGAUCUUACAGCGAGAGCUAUAGGGCUCGGUCUGGUUCCCAUCGCAGAGGUCAAUCAGAUCAUACGAUAUAUGCCACAGAUUGUGCAGACUCGCACAAACCUGUCCGCUUUUCAGCAAAUAGAGGAGUUAGGUCAAUUAUAUUCCCGUAUCUGGGAGUCUUUGCGAGCAUGCAAUCUAUUCAAGGUUUAUGAAAUAUACGAUGAUGUUCUCGAGCCGUGGGUAAGAAACCUACUGCAACUCGGCGAUGAGCAAUAUUUGCGUCUUGCAAAAGAUAUAAUGAUCGAAUACCAUUCGUCGAUGCGAUCAUUUGCGAAUUCGGCCUCGGCUCGAGCGUUGCGAUUAUUGACUUUGAGAAAGGAGCCAAUUGGUAUGGAACUGCUUGAAUCUUGGCUUGAUAGCUUAUUGGUGCUUGACGAUGAUAGCUCUCUUUAUUUUGCAGUGGAAACGAUCCUUGCAUACCAUACAACGGAGAAAAUGCUAUGUGCUGCGGUGUCAUCCCGACUUCUAGGACUUCUAAACUCUCCUUGGGAUUUAGAGAACCAGAAACGGAACGUUAUUGAGCCUAUUGGGAGCCUACUACGACAACUUGAUGGAGACCUAGCUACAAAGUACGUUGUUUAUGUCACCGAACAGUUAGUAUUUUCCACGCCCGACAACGCCAUUCGCAGCCACGCCUUGACAGUUUGGCGACACUGUUUAUUGUACGUUAACAAGAGACUCGAAAUUUCGUUACCAGUUUUAUCCCAACUUGAUGAGUCUACCUACUUUGCAGUUUCUCCGGGAACGAGAGUUGCUCUUCGGAUUUGGAUCUGGAGUGCGCUGAGCACAACAGUUCAUCGAGUAGCAAGGCCUCAGCGACAACCGAAACAUACAGAUGCAACUAUUAUGCAUUUGUUGAAACUUUUUGAUGAAUUGACGACAAGUACCAUGUGGAAAAACCACGGCAACAGAACUGAAUUGCUCCCAAAAUUAAUACAUGGGUUCCAGCAGCUUAAUCUCCCCUGUACUUACGUUUCGACGAAAAUCCUCGCACUCUUCACGCGAAAACAUAUUGCAAACGCCUCCACACUUCAAGCGUUCCGAAGGCUCGAAGAGGGCGAAAUCUCACUCAAGGAGGCUGCUCUACGCAGGGAUACCUUCAACGCCACUAAAUCAUAUCUAUUAUCUUCUCAUCUUAGACACAUCGAGGACCUUGAUGUCACCGACCCAGAUUUCAUACAUGACAUGCUCCAAGCUAUCGAAAAAGACAACAGAAGAAUCCGAGACGUUAUUUUCCUGAUGUCAUUCCACACGCCCCUGAAAAUCGCACUGGCCAUGGCGAGCAUUCGAAGUGCACGUGUGGUCCCCGAAACAAAGCGAUUAAAAUCCAUUAUGAGGAUGGAGUCCAAAGGAAAACAGAUUUACCUCGACCCGCAAGCCUGCGUAGCAUUCGUGCACCUUUUGGCCUCCUCUAUUGCGACAUCCAACAAAGUCAGCCCCCGCGCAGCUUUCAAUCUUCUCUCAUACCUAUAUCGAUACUUAGCGCUUCAUAAUGCACCCGUGAAACCGUCUUUGGUGCGUGCCAUGUACCACUGCGGCAUCACGCGUUUUCGUGAAAAUGGGCUGCAUGUGUCCCGAACCCAGGAGACCUAUAUCAUGCGCCUGGUAAAAGCGUUUGAGGAACCUGGGGUAGUAAGAGGAUUGCUGAAUGGGUCGUAUAUUGUGAGAGUGUAA